AUGCCAUUGAUACCACCAGGAGCUAAUCUUGAAAAUAUACGUAAUAAGAGUAGAAAUGAAAAUGUAGCUAAAAGUUAUUCAUCUAGAGCUAAUCCUAUUGCUAAGUAUUGCACAGAUAUAACUGUAAAGCAAUCUCAAUUAGAAAAAGAGAUUAUGCAAAAUACAUUAGAUAAUCAUCAACAAUCUAUGAUGUUAGGAGCACCAGAGGUUCUUCAAGUUGGUAAAAAUUUUAUACGUCUUAUAAAUGCUAAAAGAUGCCUUGACAUUGGUACAUUUACUGGAGCAUCUGCCGUUGCCUGGGCUUCUGCUAUUCCAGAUGAUGGUAAAGUUUAUUCUUUUGAUGUAAAUCAUGAAGCACUUAAUUCAAUUGGUAAACCAUUAAUUGAUGGAGUAGAAAAAAUUGCUAAAAAAAUUUCAUUUGUUAAAGGACAAGCAUUAGAUUUUUUGGAUCAAUCUAUAGCUAAUGGUGAAUCUGGAACAUGGGAUUUUGCUUUUAUUGAUGCUGAUAAACCAAAUUAUCCAAAUUAUUAUGAUAGAUUAAUGGAACUUCUUCGACCUGGUGGAGUUAUCUUAGUUGAUAAUGCCCUAUGGUCUGGUAGAGUUGCUGAUGAUGAGUGUUGUGAUGAAGCAACAAAUGCUAUUAGAAAUUUAAAUACCAUUAUUUCUGAGGACAAUAGAUGUGAUAAUAUGUUGUUUAAUGUUGGUGACGGUUUACAUGUUGUUUUUAAGCUUUAA